AUGGCCGUCGCAUCAUUCGAGUUUGACUGUUCCCAUGUUCAGGAUCUCCAUACAGGGCUUCUGAUCCUCCUCAUCUCUUUCACCUCUUUCUCAAUCCGCCACGCUGCUCCUACCGCCGGCAACCACUCCCGCCCCGACGUCCAGAGCGGCGCCGCCCCAUCACCUGCCCUACAGCCACGCCGCCGCCGAGCAGCCACCGCGGGAGGCUGGGGCCAGGGCCCUGCCUGCGCCCAGCCUGCUGCCGGCGAGCAUCCGCAGCCGACCGGCCUCCCGCGCGCCGCGCCGCUCUGCCAUGGACGCGCGCCGGAGGAGGAGGGCAACACGCCGCGCGUCGUGUGGCCUCCGCCCGCCGCAGCUGCCCCACCGCCAAGCAGCCGAGCUCGCGCAGGCCCGCCCGCACUCACGCGCGCCGAGCUCCGGUCACCGGCGGAGGGAGCAGAGAGGUGGCGCCUCCGGAUCCGGCCGCCUGCCAUGGAAGGAAAGGAGGAGGGGCCGGCCGCGCGCCACUCCAGAUCCGGCGUCGGCGAGGGUGGGCGGAGAGGGAGGGAGGGGGCUGAGGGAGGGAGGGGGCAGAGGGUCGGCGGCGCCCCGAUCCAGUCGCCGGCGAGGGAGGGGGAGGACCGGCCCCGGCGAUGA